CAGGAGGAAGAGGAGGAGGAUGCCAACAGCUAUGACUCUGAUGAAGGCACUACACUGGGAGCGCUGGAGUUCAGCCUGCUCUACGACCAGGAGAACAGCUCCCUGCACUGCACCCUCAUCAAGGCCAAAGGCUUAAAACCAAUGGACUCAAAUGGCCUGGCGGAUCCCUAUGUCAAACUGCACCUCUUGCCUGGCGCCAGCAAGUCAAAUAAGCUGAGGACAAAGACACUGCGCAACACCCGUAACCCCGUGUGGAACGAGACCCUGGUGUACCAUGGCAUCACAGAUGAGGACAUGCAAAGGAAAACCCUCAGGAUAUCCGUGUGUGAUGAAGACAAAUUUGGCCACAAUGAGUUUAUUGGAGAAACUAGAGUUUCCUUGAAAAAACUCAAAGCCAAUCAGAAAAAGAACUUCAACAUCUGCUUGGAGAGAGUAAUACCAAUGAAGCGUGCUGGAACGACCGGCUCAGCCCGUGGGAUGGCACUGUAUGAAGAGGAGGUAGAUCGUGGCGGGGAUGUGGAGGAGCGUGGGAAGAUCCUCGUGUCCCUCAUGUACAGCACCCAGCAGGGCGGCUUGAUUGUCGGCAUCGUACGCUGUGUGCAUUUAGCGGCCAUGGACGCCAACGGAUACUCAGACCCUUUUGUUAAACUUUGGCUGAAACCUGACAUGGGAAAAAAGGCCAAGCACAAGACACAGAUUAAGAAGAAAACAUUGAAUCCUGAGUUUAAUGAGGAGUUCUUCUAUGAUAUAAAACACAGUGAUCUGGCCAAGAAGUCACUGGACAUUUCUGUCUGGGAUUAUGACAUCGGAAAAUCAAAUGAUUACAUUGGUGGCUGUCAGCUUGGCAUUACGGCUAAGGGGGAGCGCUUGAAACACUGGUAUGAAUGUUUGAAGAACAAGGACAAGAAGAUUGAACGCUGGCACACCCUCCAAAAUGAGAACCACAUUGCCAGUGAUUAA